AUGAAAGGAUUGUCUUUUUUCCCUUUCCCUUUGGUUUUACUACUAGUUAUAUCACUGGUUGCAACGGUUGAGGCCAAAUUGUGCUUCAAAUAUGCUACUGCUUAUGUUACAGUAACUAGAGAAGAUAUUGCUGACAAUGCAGGUGAGUAUUACAUUACAGAACAUUUGGUUAAUCCUAUUGAUCCACCUCACGUGGUGACUCCAACAGGUUGUGUUGCCCCACCCAAUGAAUAUGUUUUUGAUGCACAACCAGCUGUUGCCCCACUAGUUGAAGAGCUCAAACUUUUACAGGACCAAAACGCACACGACGCUGGUGCCGAGACUAAAAUCGGAAUUGAUGCUGGGACAAAAUCACCGCCAGAUGUUGCUGAGAAUGACCAACACAUCAAAGUUCAGCAUCCAGCAGCGCAGUUGGAUUCACAGCCGUUAUUGACUAAAGAGUCAAAACUGGAGCUGAUAAAGGUUGAGCCCAUACCUAUGAGUAAAGCUCCAUCAUCAUUUGCUAGUGAUCUCUUGAAUGCUCAUAAUCAUAAGCGUAUGUUUCAUGGUGUUUUGCCAUUAUCCUGGAGUGAUGAGCUUGAGUCCUAUGCGCAAACUGUAGCAAAUUCGUACCAUUGCGGUGCGGGACUCCAACACACCAAUGCACCAUAUGGUGAGAAUUUGGGUGUUGGGUACUCUUCGGGGCAAGCAGUUGUCGAUGGUUGGUAUUCUGAAGGUGUUGAUUAUGACUAUGGUUUAGCUAAUCAGUUCAAUCAUUUUAGUCAAAUUGUUUGGAAGGAGACUCUGGAGUUGGGAUGUGCUGUAAAGGAUUGUAGGGCACAGAACUGGGGCUACUAUAUCGUAUGCAAUUAUAAAAAGCCGGGCAAUAUGCAAGGACGAGGAAAGCAAAAUAUCUUGCCGCCGGUUUUAUUGAAAUGA